GUGGGUCUGACGGCGAUUGAGGAAUCAGCAAGGGUAGAAAUGCUGAAGUAGAAGUCAGACUUAGGGGGAAAGAGGAUAGAGCAAAGCUUGUUAGCUGACAGAAUUUGUAUGAGGGGAAGCUGGGGCUGAGAGCCGAGAGCUGAAUCACAUGAGGCUGGGUACGACUGGACUGUUACUACAGACAGCCUACUCGACUAUCGCAUACCUUACAGCUACACUAUGGCGCUAACGGCAUCCUUUGGCGAUAUGAACUACGGCGUCCAGGCCGGCAUUAUUAAUGGUGAUGUAAACCCUAUGAUCAACCUUCCGCCUGAGCGACGCGAAACUCCACCACAGCCAUCCAUCGUGAUACCUUUCGCGCGAGACGCAGAUUUUGUCGACAGAGGCACACUACUCGACGAGAUCUGUGAGCGAUGCGCGCAGCCAGACGCGAGGCAGGCGAUUGUUGGCCUAGGCGGGGUGGGUAAGUCACAGCUAGCGAUCGAGCAUGCCUACCGCACGCGCGAGCAGUCGUUAGAAACAUGGGUGUUUUGGGCCCACGCUAGCAACGCCGCCCGGCUGGAGCAGAGCUUUCACGAUAUUGCCGACCGCGUCAAGAUCGUAGGACGUCAAGAAUUGCAAGCCAACAUCUUCAAGCUGGUGCACGACUGGCUGUGCGACAGCAAGCAGCCAUGGCUGCUCGUGCUAGACAACGUGGACGAUGCCAGCUUUCUACUCGAGGCCCAACCUGCUAGCUCCAAGACCGCAGCUAGACCGCUGCGCGAGUACCUCCCCCACUGCGAGCACGGCUCGAUGCUUAUCACAUCGCGAAGCAAAGAAGCGGCGAGGAAGCUGGUAGAGCAGCGCGACAUCAUCACGCUGGGCUCGAUGGACGAGGCGCAGUCGCUGGCGCUGCUUAGAAAGAAGCAGGGAGUGCAAGCGGACAAGAGCAACGAUGCUGAGCUGGCGGAGCUGGCGGAGCUAGCUGCAGCGCUUGAGUACAUGCCGCUCGCCAUCACCCAGGCCGCUGCGUACAUCUCGCAGAGAGCGCCACUGUGCUCGGUGGCACAGUACCUUGACCAGUUCAAGAAGAACGAGUGCAGGCGGACGAGCCUUCUCACCCGUGACGGAGGCCAUCUUCGGCGAGACCGUGAGGCGAAGAACUCAAUCAUCACGACGUGGCAGAUCUCCUUCGAGCACAUACAGCAGACGCGGCCAUCAGCUGCAGACCUGCUAUCGCUGAUGAGCUUCUUCGACCGCCAGGGGAUUCCCAGGAAUGUGCUGCAGACGCAAGCUACACAUGAAGAUGGCGAAGCCAAUCAAAAGGUUGAUGAGGCCGAGGCUGAGGCUGAUCGUAAUGAGGAAGACGAUAGAAUGCAGUCUGAAUGCCAGGUCAGAGACAUUGAGGAAUAUUUUGACGACCACCCCAAAAACGGACCUGAAAAUAUCCCCUCGCACGACUCAUCGGAUGACUUUGCAGACGACGAUUCUGAGGACGACGAUUCUGAGGACGACGAUUCUGAGGACGACGAUUCUGAGGACGACGAUUCUGAGGACGACGAUUCUGAGGACGACGAUUCCGAGGACGACGGCUCGAGAGACGAUACUUUCUAUGAAGACAUUUCAGCGCUGCGCAGCUUCUGCUUCAUCUCCGUAAACAACGACGGCAUGACCUUUGAGAUGCACGCCCUUGUGCAGCUAUCAAUGCGUACCUGGCUUGCGGCGAACGGAAAGCUAGAGCAGUGGAAGCAGCACUUUAUCAAUAGCCUUUGCGCAGCGUUCCCAACAGGAAACUAUGAGAACUGGGCAGCCAAAGGAAGCGCAGCAGAAGCAGAAACCCUAGCAAUACAGUCAAUGAAGGUACGAAAGAUGGUCUUAGGGCGAGAGCAUGAGGACACAGUAUGGAGCAUUGCAAUGGUGGCAGAUGCUUACUCACUUAGUGGACGAUGGGACGCGGCUGGAAAGCUGAGGGCGCAAGUAAUGGAGACUUGCAAGAAGAAACUGGGAGCGGACCAUCCAGACACGCUGACCAGCAUGGGUAAUCUGGCGUUGACUUACCGGAAUCAAGGGCGGUGGGAUGCAGCAGAGGAGCUGUUUGUGCAAGUAAUGGAGACGAGCAAGAAGAAACUAGGAGUGGACCAUCCAGGCACGCUGACCAGCAUGGGUAAUCUGGCGUCGACUUACCGGAAGCAAGGGCGGUGGGAUGCAGCAGAGGAGCUGUUUGUGCAAGUAAUGGAGACGAGCAAGAAGAAACUAGGAGUGGACCAUCCAGGCACGCUGACCAGCAUGGGUAAUCUGGCGUCGACUUACCGGAAGCAAGGUCGGUGGGAUGCAGCAGAGGAGCUGGAGAUACAAGUGAUGGAGACGAGCAAGAAGAAACUAGGAGUGGACCAUCCAGACACGCUGACCAGCAUAGGUAAUCUGGCGUCGAUUUACCGGAAUCAAGGGCGGUGGGAUGCAGCAGAGGAGCUGGACGUGCAAGUGAUGGAGACGAGCAACAUGGCUAAUCUUGCUUGGACAUGGAAAAGCUUAGAGAGAAGUGCUGAAGCUAUAGGCUUACUGCAGGAGUGCGUUCAUCUUCGCUGUCAGACUCUUCGAGCAGGGCAUCCUGAUCUAGUAUCUUCUCAGGAAACCUUAGCUGCAUGGGAAGUAGAGCAAGCAGGUAGAAAUCUUGCGAUGAGUUAA